CUGUCGCUGGAAAGCGAAGGAGAGGAGAGAGGUGAAAAAAGCAGUGAAAUGUUGUAAAAGCUGAGCGAGUCCAACCCGAGUCAGGGGACGACCGAGGAGGGACGACGCCGGAGGAUUAUUUUUCUUUGUCUCAUUAUCGUCAAAGUCAGUAAACUCCCGCUUUUUGAUGCUGUCCUCACGGAGGUUUGAGCCAAUAACGGACUUAUUGGUCGGCUGAACCAUGCAGAGGCUGCUGCUCCUGAGUUUGGUGUUGAGUUUUCAAACUGUGUGGACAGCGAGGUUCUCUCAGGAGCCGGCAGACCAGUCGGUGGUGCGGGGCCAGAGGGUGAUCCUGUCCUGUGUUGUGUUCAACUACUCAGGCAUUGUUCAGUGGACCAAAGAUGGCCUGGCUCUGGGCAUCGGAGAGGACCUGCGGGCCUGGCCCCGGUACCGUGUGUUGCGUGUGCAGGAGUUGGGCCAGUACAACCUGGAGAUCCUGUCAGCUGAUCUGUCUGAUGACUCCCUGUACGAGUGCCAGGCCCCUGAUGCCGCCCUGAGGUCCAGGAGGGCCAAACUCACCGUCCUCAUUCCCCCAGACGACCCGGUGAUCGAUGGGGGUCCGGAGGUGUUGCUGAAUGCGGGGGAGUCCUACAACCUGAGCUGUGUGUCACGAGGCGCUAAACCGCCUUCCAUGAUCGAGUGGCUUAAAGACGGUCUGCCUGUGGACGGGGCUGCCAGUACCACUGAGGUGCUUCCAGACAGGAAGAGGGUGACCACACGCAGCUACCUGCCAAUCCAGCCGGUGGACAGCGACACUGGGAGGAACUACAGCUGUGUGGCCACCAACCUGGCUGUUCCAACCGGCAAAAGCACAACUGUCACCCUCAACGUACACCAUCCACCGACAGUGACCUUGUCCAUUGAGCCUCGCUCUGUCCUGGAGGGGGACAGAGUCACCUUCACCUGCCAGGCUCACGCCAACCCUCCUAUUAUGGGCUACAGGUGGGCUAAGGGGGGCGUGGUGCUGCAGGGUGCCAGGGAGAGUGUGUUCACCACCAAGGCCGACCAUUCCUUCUUCACCGAGCCCGUCUCCUGUCUGGUUUUCAACGCUGUGGGAAAGACCAACGUCAGCAUCCUGGUGGACGUUCACUUCGGGCCAAUUCUGCUGGUGGAGCCGCAGCCAAAGACAGUAGACGUUGACUCUGAUGUCACACUCAACUGCAAGUGGGCUGGAAAUCCUCCGCUCACACUCACCUGGUUCAAAAAGGGUUCAAACAUGGUUCUGAGUAACAGCAACCAGCUGUAUCUGAAGUCGGUGAGCCAAGCUGAUGCCGGCCAGUAUGUAUGUAAGGCCAUCGUCCCACGGAUUGGAGUAGGAGAGACCGAGGUCACACUCACCGUCAACGGUCCUCCCAUCAUCUCCAGUGAUCCAGUCCAGUAUGCAGUGAGAGGGGAGAGGGGAGAGGUUAAAUGCUACAUAGCCAGCACACCUCCUCCAGAUAAGAUUGUGUGGGCGUGGAAGGAGAACGUGUGGGAGAAGGAGAAGGGGACGCUGCUGGAGAGGUACACGGUGGAGCAGAGCAAACCAUCCGCGGAGGGCGGCGGCGUCCUCUCCACCCUCACCAUCAAUAACGUGAUGGAGUCUGACUUCCUGUCCACCUACAACUGCACGGCCUGGAACUCGUUCGGACCGGGCACCAUGAUCAUCACGCUGGAGGAGACCGAGGAAGUCCCAGUGGGGAUAAUAGCUGGUGGGACGGUGGGCUCUACCAUCCUCUUGUUCAUCUUCCUGCUGGUCCUCGUUCUUAUCUUCUACCGGCAGCGCAAAGGCAGUCGGCGCGGGGUCACUCUGGGUAAGCCCGACAUCAAGGUGGAGACGAUAAACAAGGAGACCCACAGCUUAGAGGAGGACUCCGGCAGCGUGUCCACGGCCUCGCGCAUGGUCAAGGCCAUGUACUCGCCCUUUAAAGAUGACAUAGAGCUCAAGUCUGACCUCCGCAGCGACACCCUGGACACCCGUCAGGAGUAUGACCUGAAGGACCCUACCAAUGGCUACUACAACGUGCGAGCCUCCACCCACGAUGAAGGCCGCCCUGCUUCCCGCUCCACCAUGCACUACUCUGACUACCGCUCCCCUGCAGGAACACCAGGGGGAGCUGCAUCUAUUAGCAGCAGCGCCGGUGGCUCAGGGGCCACGGCCAGCGGAGGAGCCCCUGUUCCCCCUGGCCCCCUCACCUCCCCUGGCCGCCCGCAGGCCUGCUACGACCCCCGGCCCCCCUCCAGACUGUCCCACAUCAGCUACGCCCAGUUCAACACCUUCACUCGUGGGGGCCAGAGCCAGCAGCCCCCGGCUAACCCCGCCCCAGUGGCUAGCGACUUCCCAGGAGACUGCAGCCUCCUGGACUCCACGUCCCAGCUGGCUUACGACAACUACGGAUACCCCUCGCAUUACCCGACCUACCGCAUGGGUUUUGCCCCGUCCAGCCUGGCCCCCCUGGAGGCCGGCCCGUCCUACGAAAUGUACGGGGUGGGAUCCGGGGUGGGACCCGGGGUGGGGCCUGGGGUGGGGAGCCCUGGGGUCGGCGUUGGCCCCGGGGGUCCUGCUCCCUCGGGAUCAGAGACUGGACUUGGGAAGUACGGCAGCUCCACUCGCUUCUCCUACACCUCGCAACACUCUGACUACUCCCACAGCCGACACACACAGAGGAUGCAGACUCACGUGUGAGACAGAGAGACGCAUAAACACCUCACAGUCAGCAGAGCACGAGGAAGCAUCUUAUAAAUAGUGUCGCACCUAAAACCACACACAAUCAUAGAUUUACACGCCCACAUUCUCACACAUUGACACAAACACACCCUACUGAACACAAACACGACUCCAGAACACAAAAAAACAUCACACGCACACAUGCACAGAGUCAGAAGACCAUGCCCGUGAGACAGGGAGGGUAUGAGAAACACAGAGACACAGAGAGAGCGUAAGAGACGAGUGGAAAAAGAGUUUUAGUGAGACAGGGACGGGAAAUUCCACACAAUUUUGAAUUCCCUCACUCCCAAUGUGUUUGUAUAUCGGCGCUCUAAAAGAGUGGACAGCGCAAGUCACAAUCAAGACUGGGACAGAGAGCAAGAACCAGAGAGAGGACGAGAGAUCGCAGAUCUUUGGAGCCCUAUAGCUUUUGCUAUGAACUGACUUUGUAAAUGAUGAGAGAGAACGUCUUAAGGCAAAACUGACUGACUGUCAAAUAUGGUACACGCUGAUCGGGAGAAACCUCAACCAGUGGAAGUCAUUUCUGGCCGCCAU